CGUCACGGCGCAGUGAAAAAGUAAAUUGAUUCAAAAACAUUACCAAUUUUAUCAAAACCAUGAUUUAGUACUAAUUCACAACUUUUUGUAGAUAUAUUAAAAUAAUUGAUUUUAUUAAAAUGGAUGGUAAUUAUAAUCGGAAAUGGUGCACAAUUCUUCCAGAACUGAACCCCGUGUUCUAGACAGAAGUCUGUUUACAUUGCUGAUGUCCGCAACAGAGGUGAUCGGUGACGUAGCAGACAACAUGUAUACAGAUCAUUACCAGUGGCAACGGACUAUGAUGGGGCAUACUUUUAAUAUUGCACCACCAGCAUGUCCUCCAACCGCCAGCGGCAGCUGCGUCGUGCAUGUUGUGAGGAACUGGUUGCGGUCCCAUGAAGAUGCCCAGAUUAUGAUAGCCAGUAUACUGGUGGUCGUGGGGCUGUGGUGGAUAGUCAGAGCUAUCCUUUCACUCUUCAUCAACCUGAUCUGUCCAUUAAUGGUCGUCGUACUAGCCGUAGUAUGCGUACCCCAACUUCGAGGGCCGCUCUUUGGUCAAAACUAUCCACAACUUGCAAACCUAUUAAGAAACAUACUCCUGAAAAUGGCUGACAACAUACAAGCGUGAACGUAUCCAACUUAAUGGAGUGAAAAGUCUGACAUAGAAAUUUUGAUUA